UUGGAUACAUCUAUAUGUAGGUUUUGGAGAAAAACAAUAACUUCUCCGGGAAAAGUUGAACACAAUUAUUCAAGUGUCGACAGAAUUCAUGCACGGGCAUAUAUACGUGCACACAUACACUAUUAUAUGAAGAAUCCGUACACUCGCCUGUUGCACCAUCCCCAACCAUCAUUUCUAGCAGAGAUCAUAGCAAGUGCCUUACAGACUUCGGACCAUCGCCAACGCCUCAGACAACAUGGCUGCAACGGAACGAGAAUCGCCUCCCUUCGAGGAUCGCACCAUGAUAACACUAGCAAAGACAACGAAACGGGUGGAUGAGAUGUUUAAGGCCACGGAAACGAGCAAUGCAGAGCCCGAGGAUCACGCUGCCAUGGCAUUUGAAUUAACCAAAACCCUUAAGGCGUUCAAUUAUGAUCUCAAGGACUGGCUCAACCUGAAAGGAACAAUUGAGGGUGGCGCUACCGUGCUCUGGCAAUUAUGCAACCUCCUUGAGACGUUCACUAAGUAUCUCAAGGCCAAGGAAAAACAGGGAGAAACAAUAGAUGAUCGCGACAAAGCGAUAGAGGCAUUGAUGAGAUCAGCAAUAGAAAGCCAGGAGGCCUGGAUUAAGGAGGAAGAAGAAUUCAAACGUCGUUGGGAUCUUUACAAAGACAUGGUCGAUAAGUUGACAGAUCCAAUGACCGAGGCUGAACCCCCGGAAACGCGUGCGCCCGAGCCGCAGAUGAUGGAAGUGCCGAGCACGUCGAACGGAACUUCGAGCAAGUCCAAGCCUAUCCCCAACGAGCUUAAACGAAAAUUCUCUACGAUCUUGGGGGAUGACGAUUACGACAAGCUUGAUAUGCGUGUCCUACAUGAAAAUGUCAAGGCAUAUGUUCGACACUUCGAGCCGGACAACCCAUUUCUCAACCGAGACUACGACGACGGCGAUGCUGAUGACAAUUAGGAAUUCAAGGUAGCAGAUGAUGAAUCGACACCCAGAAGGAGUCUACGUAAAAGAAGACGAGUCCACUCUUUUGACGAAGACAAAGGGUAAAUGGCGAUGAAUUGGUUAAACAUGAUGCUGAUGAUGGCUUUGGGAAGGAGGCAGAGGAAGGUUAUUAAUAAAUGGAAGAAAAAGAAGGAGGAGAGAAAGAAGGACUCUCUCUGUGUCAGAUCUUCAUGUAGACCUCGUCCACAGCUGGGUAGACGGCG